AUGGACGCUUUUAUGCUUGAAGAUGAAGGCGUGCGGGAUCGCAUUCGCCAGGCGGAAGAAUUCCUAGAUCCAAGUGAUUCUUAUGCGCGAAGCUACCGCUCAGAUAUUGUUCUGAUGCUGCAGAAGAAUCAGCGUCGCCUGGUGGUGAACCUUGACCAUGUCCGAGACCACAACGCCGAACUCGCCCUCGGGGUUCUCAAACAGCCCUCGGAUUACACUGUGGCUUUCGAUCAUGCCUUGAAAAAGAUCGUCGAAACCAUUCCACAAGCACGUCCUGACCAGACUGCGCGCGGUACAAUGUACUACUGCGCGUGGGCUGGUAGUUUCGGACUCAAUUCCUGCAACCCGCGCUCAUUGUCAUCGAAACAUCUCAAUGAUAUGGUUUCCCUCGAGGGAAUUGUGACACGCUGCUCGCUCAUUCGCCCUAAAGUUGUUAGGAGCGUGCAUUACAAUGAAAAGCAGGACAAGUUUCACUUCCGGGAAUAUCAGGAUCAAACCAUGACGAACGGUGCUACCACUUCGAACGUGUAUCCAAGGGAGGAUGACGAAGGCCACCCGCUGACAACAGAAUACGGAUUCUGCACAUAUCGCGAUCACCAGACUGUUUCGAUCCAAGAGAUGCCCGAGAGAGCUCCCCCAGGCUUACUUCCUCGAAGCGUUGAUGUGAUUCUUGACGACGACUUGGUAGAUCGGGUCAAACCGGGCGACAGAGUUCAGCUUGUUGGCAUCUACCGAACCCUUGGCAACAGAAACACAAACCACAACAGCGCACUCUUCAAGACUGUGAUCCUUGCGAACAAUGCCGUGCUCCUAUCUUCAAAAGCGGGGGGCGGUAUCGCCACGGCGGCCAUUACUGAUACGGAUAUUCGCAACAUCAACAAGGUCUCCAAGAAGAAGAAUCUUUUGCAGUUGCUGUCACAGUCUUUGGCGCCUAGCAUAUAUGGGCAUGACUACAUCAAAAUGGCCAUAUUGCUCAUGCUCCUUGGUGGGAUGGAGAAAAACCUGGAGAACGGUACUCAUCUCCGUGGCGAUAUCAACAUUUUGAUGGUCGGAGAUCCGUCCACAGCCAAAUCACAACUCCUCAGGUUCGUGCUGAACACCGCUCCGCUCGCUAUCGCCACCACUGGACGUGGAUCAUCGGGUGUCGGUCUUACUGCAGCUGUCACAUCGGACAAGGAAACAGGCGAGCGACGUCUAGAAGCUGGUGCUAUGGUUAUGGCCGACCGAGGCAUUGUGUGCAUCGACGAAUUUGACAAGAUGUCAGAUGUGGACAGAGUAGCGAUACACGAAGUGAUGGAACAACAAACCGUGACCAUUGCGAAAGCGGGUAUCCACACCUCACUGAACGCCAGGUGCAGCGUGGUGGCCGCCGCCAACCCGGUAUUUGGCCAGUAUGAUCCUCACAAGGAUCCUCACAAGAACAUCGCCCUACCGGAUUCUCUCUUGUCUCGCUUCGACUUGCUGUUCGUUGUCACAGACGAUAUCGAGGACACCCGCGAUCGCCAGGUCUCGGAGCAUGUUCUACGGAUGCAUCGCUACCGGCAGGCUGGCACAGAAGAAGGUGCUCCUGUACGGGAACAAGGCACCCAAUCCCUUGGGGUGUCCGCUGCCGAGCAAAGCAACACGCAAAGGCAGACUGAUGUUUUCGAGAAGUACGAUGCAAUGCUUCAUGCCGGCGUCACUGCGACCUCAGGAAGGGGGACCAACAAGAAGCCGGAGAUCUUGAAAGCUUCCGAGCGUAUAGCCGAGAUCUAUGUCGGUCUGCGAAACGACGAGAUGGAGGGUAAUCAGAGGCGCACCAGCCCUCUUACUGUUCGAACUCUGGAGACUCUGAUCCGCCUUGCUACGGCUCACGCGAAAUCGCGCUUGUCGCCGAGAGUUGAGGAACGGGACGCGCUAGCUGCUGAGGGUAUUUUGCGCUUUGCACUAUUCAAAGAGGUUCUCGAAGAUCACUCGCGAAGGAAGCGGCGUAGAACCGAGGCACCUGAGUUCGCUUCAUCUAGUGAAGAAAGCUCUGGGGAUGAUUCAGGUGAAGACAGCGAGGACAAUGUGACCCCAUUGGGCAGUCGUACUGCAAGAUCCUCGACUAGGGCGACAAGAGCAUCGACUCGCUCAAAGACCAACGGGGCUAGCGACAGUAUGGGAGACCAUGGAGCUCAUAACCGUGGGGAACAUGAGACGGGUGAUCGUGGCCAUGCCCCUGACCUUACGCCCCGGCGCUCAACUCGGAGUGGGAGGUCUGCUAACCCAGCGGACGAUUCACAGACAUCGUUCGCCUCCUCGCUGCCGGCAUCACAAGUGCUCGAACCGACACAGAACGACGAGGCUGACCAAGACCUCGCGAGCGGUGCGGCUGACCUCGCAAUCGACGACAUUCCCAUAGAUGCUCCACGCUUGGUUACAUUCAGGUCUGCUCUUGGUCAGCUAAUGAGCACGAGUCUUUUCGAGGAUGACGCCGCACAUUUUGACGAUGUGCUCCAGGCAGUCAACGGCAAAAUCCCUAGUCGUGAAAGAUUUGACAAGGCAGAAGCCUCCAAGGCCCUCAAGAAGCUCGAGGAAGCUAAUCACAUUAUGUUUGCGGAUGGCCAGUUCGUGUACAAGAUAUAA